UUUUUUUAUAUAUGUUAGUUUAAGCUUAAGUUUGAUCUAAUAUUGUUAGAGAAUUACGUGCGUUGACUUUUUUUUUUUUUGAGUUUUUUUGCUUAAGUGCAACAUACAAGUGCAAGUUAAAGGUGUAAUUUGUAUAGUUUUAUUGCUGUUGCUGCCACACAAAUAACAACAAACAACUAAAUUAACUUAUAAAAGUUGCGUUUAAAAGGAAAUUUUUUGUUUGUGUUUAAAUUUAAAGAAAAAAAUCGUAUAAUUUUAGUUUAAACUUUGGUGGCAACUGAGUCGAUAUGUGUGUUACAUACUCCAAGACAUUAUUAUGCAAUAGAGAGGCCUAAGCAGCAAUUGAUGCCUCCAGUUGUUGUUGUUGAAUACAAGGAAAUACGUUUCCUUAACCAGUUUUUUGUGUAAAAAGUUUUGGUUUUUUUGCUUUAUGGUUAAAUUUUUAUUAAAAUCAAAUGUUUGAUAAUACCAAGCUUGGUCAGCAAAUCAUAAAAAAAAUAUCGAAAAAAAGUUAAAGUUAAAGUUUUUUAAUUGAAAAAUAAAAUAACUCUCCAAAAUCGAUUUAAUAAUUACGAUAAUAAAAAAAUAAAUAAUUUUAAUUAUAAAACAAACAUGAAAUAUUUUACUAUAACAUUUAUUAAGGCAGCUGUUAAAACGUGAUUAUGAAUAUUUAAGAAAAAAAAUAAAUAAAUAAAUUAAAAAAAAAGUGAUUUUUAUGUUUUGUAUUUAAGACAAAAACUACUGUUUAAAAAGGUGGCUACUGAACAAUAUUUGACAUGCAAUUGUUAUAAAAUUUUCUUAUUGUUUUAAUGUUGUAAAUACCUUUGAUUAAAUCAUAUUGUUUAAAUAAUAAAAAAAAUCAAUAUUCAAUAGAAAUAUAUAUUUUUUUUAAUUUUCUGCACUAGUAGUUUUCAAAGCCACUUGCAAAAAUACAAAAAAUCGACUAAAACAACAUCAAAAAAAAAAAAAAAAAAAAAUCAUAAAUAAAGUGUAAUAAUAUUUUUUUUUCAAUAAACCAACUGACCAUAAUAUUGCAAAAGUUAAAACUAUACCACAAAACCAUAUCAAAUAUCCGUGUUUUAAAUAAAUCUAAAUUAUAUAUACUAAACUUCCAUAAGCAUACCUUUAGGUAUAACAACUCCUAUAACGAAAAAAAAAUUGUGUUUGCGUGCCAUAAACAACUAAAAAAAAACUAAAAAUAAUACAAUUUUUAUUAUUUACAAAUAAAUAUAAAUAUUUAAUUACUUAACUUGCUUUAGUUGAAAAAAUAUUUGCAAAAAAAAAAAAUCGUUAAGAAACUACAUAGUGGAACCUAUAAAUAUCAAACUAUAUACUAAACUAAAAAAAUAUAAACAAAGUUGUGGAAAACAUAAACAAAUCUAUAAUUUUAUAUAAAAAAAAAUUUAUUAUAUAAACCAAGCAAUUAAAAAAAAAAAAAUAACUAAACCUAUAAAAUAGGCGUUACUGCACAUCCCCCUAUAGUAUUGUAUAAUUAUUCAAAAUUAUUUUUAACACAAUGUUGCCAAAAUCAAAAAUAUUGUAUUUUGGUUUAUUUUUAUUUUUAAUAAUAAAUGCCGUACAAGCCAAACCCUCAAAGGAUACCGAGGGUAAAGUGGAGACAAAAGAGGAUAAGAAAAAUGAUGAAUUUCCCGAGGAGGAUUCAGAUAUGCUAAUGGAACCCAAUGAUUUUGGUCCUAUAACUAUAUUACGCUCCCAAGAGCGUCAAUUUCAUGAACCACCUUCUACACAACAAUUUCGUCCUCUGCCUAAUGCUAGAUAUGUAGCCAGAUCAGAUGUUUCUAGUGCUGCACAUGUUAGCCCCAUCGAUUCCCAUUCACAAGCGGCUCAAAAUUACUAUCCACCCUUUUUCAGGGAGGCACCACCCCUAGGACACUCUCGCCCUUAUUUCCCCCUAUCAGAUGCUCCUAUAGUACCCAAGUAUGCUGAAGCCAGACCCGAAGGUAAUCUAGGACCCGGUCUGCCUCCCAAUCAAAGAGCUGCUGGUUUUGAUCAUAGUAUUUUGGGUUCUGGAGAUUUUGGUGUUAUACGUGGCGGUACUUUCUAUCCUGAAGAAGAAAUGCCCUAUCAUCCCGAGGAUAGCAUAGACUUUGUACAGAAAUACACUUAUCCUGAAGAACAAUUUGCUCAUUUCCGUGAUUUUGCCGACAUAAAUACACCCGUCGAUACUGCCUUCUCACACUUUGUGGUUGUCUAUCAAGCCAAGAAUUCCACAAAACCAGCUUCACAUCCUCAUCCGAAAAAUAUUUUCGAACAAUUAGAGCUAUUAGAUAAGGAAAAGGCUGCUGAGGAAAAGAAAUUGAAAAAACCCAAACAUCCCAGUAAGUCAAAAACGAAGUUGGCCAAAACAAAAUUGCAACAAAAGAAAUAUAAGAAAAAAGCUAGCACCUCACCAUCAACGGUGGCAAAAGAUAUUGAAGAAGAACCUUUAUUGGCUUUAAGUUAAAAUUUCUGUUUUUAAAGGGAUUGUGCAAAAUUCUUUUUUUUUUUAAUCAUAAAAAAAUACAUUAUUUUAAAUUUAAUUUAUUAAUUUUAAAGCGCAACAAAGAAAUUUCAUAUUCAGCAUUUUGUAUUUUUUUCGUGAAAAAUCGUAACAUUAUUUCUUAUUGUCAUUAGUUUAAUCAAUUUGUUUUUUUUUUGAACUACAAUAUUUACAUGGAGCAAAAAACAACCAAAAUUAUUAAGAAAAAUUUAAGCAUAUUUUCAUUUAAUUAAAAUUUUCUUAUUUUUAUGUUAAAAACCACAAAAAAACAUAUUAAGUUAAAUGUACAAAAAAUGUAAGAAAAAUCUUUCAAUCAUUAUUAGCAGUAUAUUAAUUUCAUAUUCCAUUUUUAAUUUCUUUGCUUUUUAUUUUCUGGAUAUAAAAUUUUCAUCUUUUUUACAACUUUUUCCAAAGAAUGGUCAUACAUUUUGGUUCAUUUCCCUUACUUCAUAAACGUUUGUAUUUAUAACUCAUUAAAUGAAAAAAUACUUGAAAUCUUCUUAACAGACUUAAAAUCUCUUGAUAGCUAUACAAAUGGAGUGCAAUCAUAGCGCUCACAUUCUUCUUCAGAUCUUCGUGUACUAGUUUUCCUUCCUUAAAUAUGAGCGUAAACCCAGACAUUUACAAACACAAGCAAAUAAUAUCAGAGAGUUUGUUUAAUACUAUUACUGACAACUUUUUCUGCAGAAAGGAUAAUCAGAUUAUGACUGAUUCUGACUACUUCUCCUAUAGAAAAUAUAGUCAGAUUCUGACUACUUUUCUUAUAGAAAAUAUAGUCAGAUUUUGACUAAUUUUCUUAUAGAAAAGAUGGUCAGAUUCUGACACUCUUCUUAUAGAAAAUAUACUCAGAUUCUGAUUACUUUUCCUAUAGAAAAUUUAGUCAGAUUCUGACUACUUUUCCAAAAGAAAACAUAGUCAGAUUCUGAGUACUUUCUCUGUAGAAAAUUUAGUCAAAUUCUGACUACUUUUCUUAUAGAAAAUAUAGUCAGAUUUUGACUAAUUUUCUUAUAGAAAAGAUGGUCAGAUUCUGACAACUUUUCUUAUAGAAAAUAUACCCAAAUUCUGAUUACUUUUCCUAUAGAAAAUAUACUCAGAUUCUGAUUACUUUUCUUAUAGAAAAUAUAGUCAGAUUUUGACCAAUUUUCUUAUAGAAAACAUAGUCAGAUUCUGACAACUUUUCUUAUAGAAAAUAUACUCAGAUUCUGAUUACUUUUCCUAUAGAAAAUAUAGUCAGAUUUUGACUACUUUUCCCAUAGGAAACAUGGUCAGAUUCUGACCACUUUUUCUAUGAAAAAUAUAGUCAGAUUAUGACUACUAUUCCUAUAGAAAUCAAAGUCAGAUUCUGACUACUUUCUCUGUAGAAAAUGUAGUCAGAUUCUAACUACUUUUCUUAUAGAAAAUAUAGUCUGAUUUUGACUACUUUUCUUAUAGAAAAUAUAGCCAUUUUUUGACUAAUUUUCCUAUAGAAAAUAUGGUCAGAUUCUGACUACUCUUCUUAUAGAAAAUAUACUCAGAUUCUGAAUACUUUUCCUAUAGAAAAUAUAGUCAGAUUCUGACUACUUUUCCCAAAGAAAACAUAGUCAGAUUCUGACUACUUUCUCUGUAGAAAAUUUGGUCAGAUUCUGACUACUUUUCUUAUAGAAAAUAUACUCAGAUUCUGACUACUUUUCCUAUAGAAAAUAUAGUCAGAUUCUGACUACUUUUCCCAUAGGAAACAUGGUCAGAUUCUGACUACUUUUCCUAUAGAAAACAAAGUCAGAUUCUGACUACUUUCUCUGUAGAAAAUGUAGUCAGAUUCUGACUACUUUUCUUACAGAAAAUAUAGUCUGAUUUUGACUACUUUUUUAUAGAAAAGAUAGUCAGAUUUUGACUACUUUUCUUAUAGAAAAGAUAGUCAGAUUUUGACUACUUUUCUUAUAGAAAAGAUAGUCAGAUUUUGACUACUUUUCUUAUAGAAAAGAUAGUCAGACUCUGACUACCUUUCUUAUAGAAAAUGUAGUCAGAUUCUGACUACCUUUCUUAUAGAAAAGAUAGUCAGAUUCUGAUUAUUUUGCUAUGGCAAUGAUAGUCAGAUUCUGACUACUUUUCUUAUGGAAAAUAUAGUUAGAUUCAGACCACUUUUCCUAUAGAAAAUAUUGUCAGAUUCUGACUACUUUUCCCAAAGAAAACAUAGUCAGAUUCUGACUACUUUCUCUGUAGAAAAUUUGGUCAGAUUCUGACUACUUUUCUUAUAGAAAAUAUACUCAGAUUCUGACUACUUUUCCUAUAGAAAAUAUAGUCAGAUUCUGACUACUUUUCCCAUAGGAAACAUGGUCAGAUUCUGACUACUUUUCCUAUAGAAAACAAAGUCAGAUUCUGACUACUUUCUCUGUAGAAAAUGUAGUCAGAUUCUGACUACUUUUCUUACAGAAAAUAUAGUCUGAUUUUGACUACUUUUUUAUAGAAAAGAUAGUCAGAUUUUGACUACUUUUCUUAUAGAAAAGAUAGUCAGAUUUUGACUACUUUUCUUAUAGAAAAGAUAGUCAGAUUUUGACUACUUUUCUUAUAGAAAAGAUAGUCAGACUCUGACUACCUUUCUUAUAGAAAAUGUAGUCAGAUUCUGACUACCUUUCUUAUAGAAAAGAUAGUCAGAUUCUGAUUAUUUUGCUAUGGCAAUGAUAGUCAGAUUCUGACUACUUUUCUUAUGGAAAAUAUAGUUAGAUUCAGACCACUUUUCCUAUAGGAAAUAUUGUCAGAUUCUGACUACUUUUCGAAUAAAAAAUUAAGUCAGAUUCUGUCUACUUUCCCAGAUUUUGACUACUUUUUCUGUAAGCUUCUGAGUACAUUUUCUAUAGAAAAGUUUCUGUCUUCUUUUCCUAUAGAAAAUAUAAUCAGUUUCUGACUACUGUUUCUAUAGAACUAAUAGUUAGAUUCUAACUUAAUUUCCCACAGAAAGUAAAGAAGUUACUUUUUAAUGACCAUUCCAUAUUCUUUUACUUUCAAUUUUUUUUUCAUUUUUAUUUAAACAUUUCAAUAUUUUCCUUUCAAUAUUGUAUUUUUUUUUCUUCAAAAUCAUUAUGUUAGCCACAAAAUAAAAUACUCAUUACAUUAGUUACAUUAUGUACUUUUACAUUUAGAUUUGUACGUAAACAAACAAAAAAAAAAUCGUUUAUAUAAAUUUAAAUAAUGAAAUUUAUAUGUAUGAUUAUUUUUUAUUUUGUUUAAAAAAAAUAUCAUA